AGCUUCCCUGAAGUAUAACUUGACAUGUCCGCUGAGAAACGGCUUUCUCGACGCGGCUUUCCGUUACUCAUCGACGAAACGCCUAAACUUCGAAACCUCCGCCUUCCAGAUGUUUAUCCUAGAUAUGGCUUUGGGUGGAUUGUGCCCGCACGCGCGCUUAUGCGUCUUGCCGAGGAAAAGACUGGCAAGCCUUGUCUAGACCACCUUACCUAUGGACUGCGACUUCUCCGAGAAGCCGGCCUCCCAGAUGGUGAAUAUGAUUUCUGGCCCCUCUUUCCGCAUGGCCAGUUAACGACGUUGUGGUACAUUGCCACAAAUGAGUCGCCAGAAAAGCGUGAUCUUGCCUCUAACAAGGAGUAUGUGGGGAGGGCGAAGGCGGCACUGGGGCAGACUGAGGAGGGAAAAUGGUACCACAUGGAUCUCUUCUAGCUGUUAGAUGUGGAACCUACCGUAGACACGACUACGCUUGAGCAAAUGUAUGUAUCUGUUUUCGUGCCGCUACUGUAUAUCCCACGUUUUAUUACGUCUCAGUUUGCAGCUGAGUCAUGACAAUCUAAGUUACGCGCAGGAAUGCCUAACUGCA